CAAAGCCGUCCUCUCAGUCCAUGUGGCAGGAGGGAGGCUCUCUCUCUCUCUCACUCACUCACUUUCUCUCUCUUCUGUGGAAGGAAGGGAGAGAGGCUUUCCUUCCAUGGGGAGUGCAGAAGGAGGGCGAUGGAAGAAGCGAUUCCUGGGCUGGCUCAAGCGUGCGAGAUUCUGCAACUGCGAGGAACUGGAGGAUGAAGAAUGGGCAAUGGUGGGCAGAAAGGGCAGCCAGUUUGUGGUCAAUAGCAGACCCUUCUAUGUCAAUGGCUUCAACACAUACUGGCUGAUGAUCUUUGCUGUUGAUGCCUCAACGAAGGGCAAAGUCAGUGAGAUAUUCCAGCAGGCUUCUUCUGUUGGCCUCUCAGUGUGCAGGACAUGGGCUUUCAAUGAUGGUGGAUGGAGAGCCUUGCAGAAAUCACCUGGAGUUUAUGAUGAAGACGUCUUCAAGGGACUAGACUUUGUGAUUAGCGAGGCAAAGCGAUACAAAAUCAGGCUUAUUUUGUCACUCUCAAACAACUGGGAGGCUUACGGUGGCAAAGCUCAGUAUGUCAAAUGGGGAAGAUCUGCAGGCCUCAAUCUCACUUCUGAUGAUGAUUUCUUUUCAGAUCCAACUCUCAAGGGCUACUUCAAAUCUCAUAUCAAGGUCUGGUACGACAUGCAAGCAAUACUGUGUCUCAAACCUGACCUCCACAUUCGAGUUGGACAUUUUUUUCGACCCAUGAAGCAUUGUCAUCAAAAUGGUCCAAAUCGGAUGCAAGAUGUGGAACUUUGUCGCAUUCCCGGGCAGUGUAAAAUCCGGUGGCUAAGACCCAUAACUGCUAGAUUCAUGGGGAAUCUGAAGUCUACUGUCUUGACGAGAGUUAAUAGCUUCACCAACGUGACGUACAAGGAUGAUCCGACCAUCUUUGCCUGGGAGCUGAUGAACGAGCCUCGGUGUUUAUCAGACCCUUCUGGUGAUCAGUUUCAGGCAUGGGUAGAAGAGAUGUCAAUGUACGUGAAGUCAAUAGACCAAGCUCACCUGCUAGAGAUUGGAUCAGAAGGGUUUUAUGGUCCUUCGAGCCCAGACAAGGUGCAAUUCAAUCCAAACACAUCUGUAAAACAAGUCGGCACAGAUUUUCUCAGAAACCAUAAAGCUUUUGCCAUUGAUUUUGCUUCUGCGCACAUAUACGCCGAUGCAUGGAUCACAUCAACCGUCAGUGAUGCUCACCUUCAGUUCACGAAAACAUGGAUGGAAUCUCACAUUAAUGAUGCAGAGAAUGCACUUAAUAUGCCAAUUUUGUUCUCAGAAUUUGGUGUUUCAUCGAAAGAUGGCGGUUAUAACGACAGCUUUCGUGACACACUCAUAAAUACGGUCUAUAGCACUCUGCUAAGCUCCAUAAAGAAGGGAGGAGGUGGUGGAGGAAGCCUUCUGUGGCAACUCUUCCCAGUGGGAACAGAGUACAUGGAUGAUGGCUAUGCAGUUUUUCUUUCUAAGUCACCCUCAACAGCAACAAUCAUCUCCCUUCAGUCAAAAAGAAUGGAUACGUUUAACUCCUUGUGCUCCUGGAGAUGCCAUUGGGGUUGCAAGAAGAAGAAAGUAUUUGAACUAUUUAUGCAUGCAGAAAUGUGAAGGUGUGUGGUCCUCUUUAGUGUGCUUGGCUAUAUAUGCUUUCAGAUGUAAACAAAUAUUGGUUUCUUAUGAUACUGUAAGUUGCACGUCCUGCACUGCUCUUCCUAUCAAGCCUGCCAAGGAUCAGAAAAUUGUCUAGAAGCAAUUAUUGCAUGGAUUAUGUUAAUCAUGACACUGUAUCCAUUUUAUAAUACUCAAUUUCAUGUGAGCAAAAGGA